ACAGUAUUAUCGCUGAGAUGAAAAUAAUGUUAAAAUUAUGGUGUGAUAAUCAAGUAAAUGUGAAAAAUUGUCCUGUUGAUCAGAACACGGUGUGUUCUCAAGCUAAGCUGAUUUUUGAGAGAUUGAAAGAGGAUGCUGGAGAGGUGGCUAAAGAUGAAGAGUUUAAAGCUAGUAACGGUUGGUUCAACCGAUUCAAAAGUCACUGUAAUUGGCAUAGCAUUGCAGAAAGUGGAGAGGCGGCAAGUGCUGAUAAAAAGGGUGCAUCUUACUAUCCAGAGAAAUUCAAAGCUAUGACAGAUGAAGGUGGCUAUACCAGCCAAACCAUAUUCAACAUAGAUGAGACUGGAUUGUUCUGGAAGAAGAUGCCUAAAAGAACUUUUAUCGUGCGUGAAGAGAAAACCUUUCCAGGUUUUAAGGCCGCCAAAGAUCGAUUGACGGUGAUGGUUGGUGCGAAUGCAGCUGGUGAUUGUAAGUUAAAACCUCUCUUAGUUUAUCACUCGGAAAAUCCAAGAGCAUUGAAAAAUGAUUCUAAAGCUGGCUUGCCUGUGAUUUGAAAGUCGAAUCGUAAGGCUUGGGUGAUAGCUUCCCUUUUUGAGGACUGGUUUGGUCAUCACUUCAAACCUGAAGUUGAACAUUAUUGCCAAUCUAAACAAAUUUCAUUUAAAGCAAUGCUAAUAAUCGACAACGCACCAGG